CGUCUUGACAGCGUUCGAGUUGUGUGGAUGCGACAUGCGCGUGGUGGCGUGAAACUAAAUCCCGGAGCUCAGCGAGGAGCUCAUCUCAACACGACCCGGCUUGUGUGCCGCCGUCGGGCUUUAAAUACUCUCCAGACCCACUUUGUCACGAUCUGCACGGGACUUUUUUUUUUUUUUUUUCUCAAUUCAUCUCCCCACUCCAACCGUUCUCUUUUUAAACGGUGCUCGCGGGGCUUUACUUUUGAACCCCCCCCCCGUUCCUCUCCUCGCAUAUGGAGCUAUUCGUCCCGACUUGGAUGUAUCGACGUGUGCGGGAGCGUCUACCCGCCGCCGCCUGUCCGCUGUGAGGCCACCCGAACAUGCAGCCGAGCUGAGUCCGUUUUUGUGUGACCCGAAGCUCAGUUUGUGGGGGCCUCCUCCUUUGAACCAGGCCAGCCGAGUUGAAAGGGAGCAGGGUGUCGAUCUGAAAUUUCCACUCCUUCAUCCUUCUGCCACAAUGCGAAGAUGACUGGUGAUGCUUUGCAGAGCACCACCACCCGUCGUUGACUUUGCUCCAGCUUCCUGAUCCCGUUUCGGAAAACGCAAAUUUUAUUGGACGGCUUGCCCAAGGGGGGGGGACACAAUGGCCUCUUCGCCGUGGAAGCGUCCGGCCUUUUCAUGCCUUCUGCUUCUUCUCUACUGCUGUCACUGUUCACAAGGAUUCAGCCGCGCCGCCCUGCCCUUCGGCCUGGUCCGGCGAGAGCUAUCAUGCGAGGGCUACGCCAUCGACCUGCGCUGCCCCGGCAGCGACGUCAUCAUGAUCGAGACGGCCAACUACGGGCGGACAGACGACAAGAUCUGCGACGCUGACCCGUUCCAGAUGGAGAACGUCAACUGCUACCUCCCCGACGCCUACAAGAUUAUAUCACAAAGGUGCAACAACCGUACGCAGUGUGUGGUUGUCACUGGCUCCGAUGUCUUUCCCGAUCCAUGCCCCGGCACCUACAAGUACUUAGAGGUCCAGUAUGAGUGUGUUCCCUAUAAAGUGGAGCAAAAAGUCUUCAUUUGUCCCGGGACGCUGAAAGGCAUCGGCGACGCCACCUUCUUGUACGAGGCGGAGCAGCAAGCGGGGUCGUGGUGCAAAGACCCGCUGCAAGCCGGCGACAAGGUCUUCUUCAUGCCCUGGACGCCGUAUCGCACGGACACUCUCAUCGAGUACGCCUCCCUGGAGGACUUCCAAAACAAUCGGCAGACCACCACGUAUAAAUUGCCCCACCGGGUGGACGGCACGGGUUUCGUGGCCUACGACGGCGCCAUCUUCUUCAACAAAGAGCGCACCCGAAAUAUCGUCAAGUUCGACCUGCGCACGCGGAUCAAAAGCGGCGAGGCCAUCGUCAACAACGCCAACUACCACGACACGUCGCCGUACCGCUGGGGCGGCAAGACAGAUAUCGACCUGGCGGUGGACGAGAGGGGCCUGUGGGUCAUCUACGCCACGGAGCAGAACAACGGGCGCAUUGUGGUGAGCCAGCUCAACCCGUACACGCUUCGCUUUGAGUCCACGUGGGACACGGCCUACGACAAGCGCUCGGCCUCCAACGCCUUCAUGGCGUGCGGCGUGCUCCACGUGGUGCGCUCCACCUACGAGGAGGGCGAAAACGACGGCGCAGCGAGCCAGAUCGACUACAUCUACAACACCAAGCUGAGCCAAGGCGAGUACACGGACAUCGGGUUCCCCAACCAGUACCAGUACAUCACGGCCGUGGAUUACAACCCCAGGGACAACCAGCUCUACGUGUGGAAUAACUUUUACAUCCUCCGCUACGAUCUCGACUUCACACCGCCGGAUCCCGUUGAAGUGGCACCAGUUGGCGUCUCUUUGCCGCCACCAAGAACAACCACCGUCAUGGCAGCCACAGCGGCGCCCACCGCAAAAAAACAAGGUGACCCCUCAGCGGGCGGAGGAGCGGACCCGAGGGACGGCAGGGAUCCGUUCGAGGACACCCGAGGGUCGUCGACGGCAGAGCCCAUCUUGCCGGAGCUGCCGCCCACGCCCAUACGCUUCUGCGAGGCCGUCCAGCAGCGGGCCAUCGACUGGCCCCAGACCCACAUGGGAUCCACCGUGGAGAGGCCCUGCCCUAAAGGCACCAGAGGCGUCGCCUCCUUCCUGUGCACAGUGGCAGGGAGCUGGUGCUCCAAGGGCCCGGAUCUCAGCAACUGCACUUCCCACUGGGUGACUCAAGUAGCACAAAAGAUCCGAAGCGGCGAGAACGCAGCCAACCUAGCCAAUGAGCUGGCAUUCAACACGCGUGGCCCCGUCUUCGCUGGUGAUGUCAGUUCCUCUGUGCGCCUCAUGGAGCAGCUGGUGGACAUCCUGGACGCUCAGCUGCAGGAGCUCAGGCCCAGCGAGAAGGACUCGGCAGGACGCAGCUUCAACAAGCUUCAAAAGCGGGAGAAGACAUGCAGGGCGUACAUGAAGGCCAUCGUGGACACGGUGAACAAUCUCCUGAAGCCCGAGGCUCUGAAGUCGUGGCGCGACAUGAACACCACAGAGCAAACGCACGUCGCCACUAUGAUGCUGGACACCCUGGAGGAAGGAGCCUUCGUCUUUGCCGAGAACCUCAUCGAGCCGUCCAUCGUCAAAGUGCCCGCCGAGAACAUCGUGAUGGAUGUGUACGUGGUGAGCACAGACGGCCAGGUGCAGGACUUCAGGUUCCCACAGACCAGCAGGGGCGGAUCCACUCUCCAGCUCUCCUCCAACACGGUCAAAGUCAACAGUAAAAAUGGUGUGGCCAAGCUGGUCUUUGUGCUGUACAAACACCUGGGUCAGUUCCUCAGCACGGAGAACGCCACGCUGCGGGGCCUCGGGGACGGCGGCGCGCAUAACCUCUCGCUCACGGUCAACUCCCACAUCCUCUCCGCCUCCAUCACCAAGGAGUCCAGCCGCGUGUUUGUGGCCGACCCCGUGAUCUUCACGCUGGAGCACCUGGACAAGGAGAACUACUACAAUCCCAACUGUUCCUUCUGGAAUUAUUCCGAGCGGAGCAUGAUGGGAUACUGGUCCACUCAGGGCUGCAAGUUGCUGGACACUAACAAGAGUCACACCACGUGCUCCUGCAACCACCUCACCAACUUUGCCAUCCUCAUGGCCCACCGGGGGAAUGUGAGCAAAGGGAGCGUCCACGAACUCCUCCUCACCGUCAUCACUCGGAUGGGCAUCGCCGUGUCGCUGGUGUGCCUGGCCAUCAGCCUGUACACCUUCUGCUUCUUCAAGGGCCUGCAGAGCGACCACAACACCAUCCACAAGAACCUCUGCCUCAACCUCUUUGUCGGCGAGCUCAUCUUCCUGGUGGGCAUCAACAUGACCGAACCCAAGCUGGUGUGCUCCAUCAUCGCCGGCGUCCUGCACUUUUGUUUCCUGGCGGCCUUCGCCUGGAUGUGUUUGGAGGGCGUGGAGCUGCACCUAAUGCUGGUGGAGGUGUUUGAGAGCGAGUUCUCACGCCGCAAGUACUACUACCUGGCCGGCUACCUUUUCCCGGCGGCCGUGGUGGGCUUCUCGGCGGCCGUCGACUACCGCAGAUACGGCACGCCGCGAGCGUGCUGGCUGCGGGUGGACAACCAUUUCCUCUCAAGCUUCGUCGGCCCAGUUACUUUCUUAAUCGUGGUCAACGUCCUCUUCCUGGUGGUGACCAUGUACAAGAUGGUGAAGAAAUCCACCUCCAUUCCACCCGAUUCCUCCAGGCUGGGGGGGAUCAGGUCCUGGGUGUUGGGAACGUUUGUCCUGCUUUGUCUUUUGGGCCUGACGUGGUCCUUUGGCCUGUUUUUCCUCAACGAGUCCUCAGUGGUGAUGGCGUACCUCUUCACCAUCUUCAACACCCUUCAAGGAAUGUUCAUCUUCAUCUUCCACUGCCUCCUGCAGAAGAAGGUCCGCAAAGAGUACAGCAAAUGUUUCCGUCAAUCUCGAUGCUGCGGCGCCCUGCCGCCCAAGGGCCCCCACAGCUCGGUAAAGACGGCCACGUCUCGGACCACGGCGCGCUACUCUUCCGCUACCCAGAGCCGCAUCAGGCGCAUGUGGAACGACACGGUGAGGAAGCAGUCGGAGUCCUCCUUCAUCUCGGGAGACAUAAACAGCACUUCCACCCUCAACCAGGGCAUGACGGGCAACUACCUCCUCACUAACCCCCUCCUCCGUACCCACGACAUUAACCCUUAUAACAACCUGCUGGCAGAGACGGUGGUGUGCAACACUCCUUCUCCACCGACCUUUCACUCUCCAGGACAGCAGUCUCUGAGCAACAGCAGGGACAUCAGCGCCAUGGACACCCUCCCCCUCAACGGCAACUUCAACAACAGCUACUCCCUGCGAGAGGACGACUAUGAAACCGUUGGCGUGCGCGCCCCCCCGCCCGACAUGAGGGGGCUCAACCUGGACGACGUCGCCUUUGAGAAGAUGAUCAUAUCCGAGAUCGUGCACAACAACCUGCGGCCUCGCGUUGUCCCGAGAGGCCGCGGCGACGUCCAGCGGAACACGACCCCGCCGCUGGUCCCGCAGACCAGGGCGGCCGUGGACCGAGGCGGAAGCGGCAGCGAGGACGACGCCAUCGAGGUGGAUCACGUCGAGGCGUCGUCCCCGCAGAGAGGAAUCGGGCGGGAAGGCCACGCACCCUUGGAGGUUCUCCUGCACCACCACCACAAGGAGGCCCUCGAGGCCCCGCUCUUGCCCCAGAGGACUCACUCCCUGCUCUACAAUGCCCAGAAGGCUCCCAGGCAGCUGGAGGGCCAGGUGGAGACCUCCGCGCCAGGUGAGGACGCGAGCAAUAACAACAGAGACUCGCUCUACACCAGCAUGCCCAACCUGAGGGACUCGCCCUCCGCUUCACCGUACCCGCCCGAGGAGGAGGACGAGGACGAGCUCUCCCCCUCCACCCGGAGCGACGGCGAGGACGCGUACCAUAAAAGCAUGCCCGAGCUCGCCGACGCACCCCCGCUGUCCUACUACCACAUAAACCGAGCGCCCAGUGACGGCUUUGUCCCCCCGCCGCCCGCCACCCAAGAGGGGGACGGCGACGGACAGAUGCAGAUCAUCACCAGCCUCUGAGCUCAAACCCCGAGUGGGCAGGUCUUAUCAGUUGAUGUCAGGUGAGCUGCAGAGUCCGGCUCCGCACUCCUCAAGCGCCCCGGGAAGCUGAGACGUUGUCGGGGUGGGUAAAGGAAUGAGUCGCUGACAUUUUUCUUGUUUGCACAUGGAACUCGUUGACACUCGAGAAGUUCUUCUGAGGCCUAAACGUGAACUGUGAACACCUCGCUGACAGACUAUGGAGAUGCACAGACACCAAUUUGGCAACUCUUGCAAGAUUGUUUUUUUCAGUUACAGACCACACACAUAAAAAAAAAAAGUUUGCUCUUACUGUGUGCGGUGUGUGCCGAUAAUCACGACACAGGACACCACGCACAUCAAGCUUCUGCUCCACCACACGAUCUACAACCUGGUCCUCCAAGACAGAAACGUUGCAAGAUCCAUCGUGAUGGGCGGAUGUUCAUGUUCUCAAGAAAGACCUGCGCUGGAAACUACGUCUGGCGAACCUGUUUUAUACAAAAUGUGACAUCUUGUUUGUUUUUAUUUGUGGAUGCUUCCUUGUUCCUCAGUCAGGGUAUUUCUCGGUUGGCUACAUUCCGUUCCACGUCACAGUUCAAGGAGUCAUGACUCAGGAGUAGUUGGCUUUCAUAAACCAGGCUCUUUCCAGACCAGUGGUUCUUAACCUGGGUUCGAUCGAACCCAAGUCGGUCUCAGGGGUUCGGCAGAGCCUCCACUGCGGGGGUCCGAACACACAUUUAUCGUGUAAAAUCGUGAUAAUGCAUAUCUGAACUGGUCUCGCAAAGGCACACUGAUUUGCAGGUAUGUCAUUUGUUGAGUUCAUGCAUUGUGUUGGUUUUGUUCUUUGAAUAAGGUGAUGAUCAUGCAAGGCUCAUUUUGUGCACCAGUAAAAAAAACAUCUAUGUCUUGAAUUUGAUUUUUUUUUUUUUUUUAAUUUUUGGCUAAAGAGGGGUUCUGUGAAUGCGCAAGUUCGGUACUUCCAACAAGGUUAAGAACCACUGUUCUAGACAAACUCCACAGUUGCGAUUGUAAAGUAAUGAACCCACUAAUUCCGACUCAGGCCUUACUAUAUUUUCUCUAUUGCACAAUUAACUUGUCAAAGUAACAGCUGAAGAAUUUAUAUUUUGCUGUACCACUCGUGUAAAAGAUAGGAAAAUGUUUUAAAAAAGUAGUUAAAAAAAAAAAAGGCAACCAUUCAUAAGUUAACCCCUCUUUCAUGUUAAUAGAUGUCUUCAUGUAGGGUUAAUAAAAACAGAGAAAAUGUGCUUUUAUUGCCUCUCACACUUGACCUGUUGUAUGAUCAAAUAUGUUUUAAAAGAAGAAGAAGAAAAAAAAACAGUAUUUGGGGAGAGAUUUGAAUCCAUACGCUCACGUCUCUGCUUGUGAAGUGCUUUUGCUUUCAUGGACAACUCUGAAGGAAAUGUGUCACCCAGACUUUUUGUUUGUGGACACUUAUCUUUCUUUAACGCUUGUUAAUUUAUUAAUGGAACUAUUUGUUUGAAAAAAAAAAAAAAAAUUCAAAGGUUGUUGCGGCACUGAUUAGAUUCAUGUUAUUUCUUUUGUAAGAGCCCUUUGUCAGCUGAUAUUUAAUUCAACUCCUGUUUGAUAUCAAUUAAAUGUGAAUUUUUUUUCUUGUUCACAAA